CUUGGCCUGGAUCGGGUUUCACCGCUGCUGGCCUUGGGGAGACUCACUGCCGCAACGUGACAGAUGGCGGAAAUGGUGGAGUUUGCACGCUUUGAUGCUGCCCGCCGUCACUACUGCUAUGGUGAACCGACGCGCGUAUAAAUUUCUCCUUCUCCGCGGAAGUCUGGCACUGUUACUGCCAUAUGCACAACCACACGGCGUCGAUACAACAAGAUAUGUCGCUCGAGCCAGCAGAGAUGUCCGUGUCGAGUCCAUGCACUUACUGCUGCUCCACUAAGGGACUAUGGUACUGCGAUCCCGAGGAUCCCGCUUGCUGCCACAGGAACACGCCUGCAAAUCGAUGCACCGCAUGCGAAGACCGUGGCUUGGAGAGUUGCAGCUUCGACCAGUUUUGCGAGAAACACGAAACCUUUCAACAAGUGCGCCGACUCUGCCCAGAUUGCCGGUCAGUAUUUUAUUUACAUCGUGCACGAACAAGUCGGUUACUGCCUGGGAUCAGACCCCAUAUGCAGAGCUCUUUCACGCCUAUGGGCACUACCACCUGUUUGGCUCUCAGCGAAAGCUGCUAUCGAAAACGGCAGCAGCUCGUCAUCACUCAGGAGUGUCAAUUUUGCUUUAGAACGCUGGAGUCUACGACUGGGUGUGAUGUUACGAACACUCGAUGUCAGAAGAGAGACUAUGUUCUGCGGAAGUCGCUGGGCCAUCCUGUCCUUGAUCCCGUCAUGUACGCUUUCAUCCCCGGCCUUCCGAGGGUAUAUGAGCUCAAACGCGGAUACUGCAUCUUUCCGGAGCAGUUCAGAGACGUGCGAUCAGCCGGACUAUGUCUCACGCCAUUGACAGCAAAAUCCGAGCGCCAAAAGGGUGAUUAUCUUCCGCCAAUCUAUAUCGCUAAGGUGAGCAAGGACGCACUGAACGCCGAGCCAGCCCCCGUCCCUGGAGUGUUCGAAAAGUCGCCAUACCUGCUCGGGCCGCAAUGGAACAUGUGUCCAUCGCAGGCACUUCAACACAACCUUCGGAUCUUGCGCCAGAGACUGGGGGAGUCUCUGCCGCUUUCUCCCACGUCUGGGAGCCAAUGGCCGUAUGAGACGCAGUUUACGGUCUACCCAGAUCCUCUUCCGCCCAAUCGCAGCAGACAGAACUAUGAGGCGUACAUCUUCCAAUUCCCGGGAGCUCCGCCUGUGGACGAGAAAGGCGCCUGCAAUCCGACACCUCUCGGGGAAGUGCCAGAGGCAAACGCAGGUGGCUCCGACGAAGUAUGACGGAGCAAGAGGUAGGGUAGACUCCGGCGGCGUCUUAGAUAUGUUGUAUCCGAUCAUCUUUGCACUGACUUACCUCAGUCGAUAUUGGAAGAGGACUUGGGUUUCAAGAGUAAUGCAGAUCAUCGAUCCAGCAAAUGGCAUAAUUAACGAAACCAGACUUCCGUCCGGCUCGGAUGCGUAUUCACUGCUGCUGGCUUGGACG